AUGAAUUUGUUGUUUAGUGAUGUGCCUUCACCUUUUGAGCCGCGAAAGGAGCUUCACUUGGCUGUCUCCUGCAGCGUUGCGUCUCAAGGGAAUGGAAGGCACCAACCUCCUCGGAGACGAUCAGAAAGGGGGAGCAACAAGGAUGGAAGUAAGAAGCGGGGAUCCAGAAAAUCGAAUGCAUCGAGCCAGGAAGAGAUCAUUACUCUGCUCAGACGGAUACAAACUUCGAUCUCAAAAGAAGAGGCUGUGGAGGAUGAGAAGAUUAGCUCCGAUGACUGUGAAGAUAGGCCGCAUUCUGAUUCGAUUCUUCGGGCUCUUCACGGUUUAAGGAAUCCAAAAGGUAAUGUAGAUGAUAUGAACAUCUUGUUUGAUUCCUUCGUGCGCAACUUUUUUGAUGGCAGUGUGCCAACCUCCUUGCAUCCAUGUUCGGAGUUCCGUCCUCAUAGAUUAGAGCAGGCAGAAGGUUUUUACAAGGAGAACCGCCGUCAAAAUUUUGUGAAACGGUCCCCAUUUCCACCUCAAUCAAUCCCAAGGUCGAAGUUUCUUGAGCUGGAUAACAGAGCAACACCUUCAGCGACCAGAAGGUCCGGAACCGAGGAAUUAGAUUUGGUAAGAGAGGAAGAAAUGAAACUCCCCGAGCUGAAAGAACUCGCGAAGUCGAGAGGAAUUAAAGGUUACUCAAAACUCAGUCGUAGAUAG